UUUCUAUUAUUUCAAUUGAAAACUUUUAUUGGAUAUUUUAGUAUUAUUUUUAUUUAUUCUGUUUUUAAAGAAAAAAAAUUUAUCAUUCCGCAACCGCUCGCAACCGCAAACACUAGCUGGAACCAGCUUUUGAUUUUAAAAGGUUCAGAGCGGUUUGAAGCGAUUUGUAGCGUUUUCUGUGAUUGUUUCGAAAUACCAACAUCCGCUAUGAACCGCAAAAGCUGCGUUUGCGGAUGGUAGCGGAAAAACCAGUCAGCCCCUUAGACGUCCUUGAAAAUGUUAGUUUUUUUAAUAGAAUAGAUACAACGAAAUUGUAGGAUUACGAGUAUAUAAAAAUGGUUUAAGAUGUAUUAUAUAUACUUUAUGAUACAUUUUUUUUUCUGAAACUUUUUAUGAUCCAUGUGCGGUUCUCAACAUGCUUUUUUUUUGCCGUCUAAAUAAUCAUUCAUUAGAAGAAAAGAACAGAGUUCAAACAUAACAACACUCAAACACUAGAACACUCCCUACAACCCAGGAACAGACUGGCAUCGUAAAAAAAACAACCAAAACUACAGAAGGAAACAAGAGGAACGACUCAGAGAAACCUGUUUUCAUUCACAAAGAGCUCAAAAAGCCAAGCCGGGUGACCUCUCGCAACAUACGAUCGGACCCUUCCUUCCCUUGUAACACUUUGAGCAAUGAUCGCAGCUUCUCUGUUUUCCUCUUUAGAAACACUCACGAGCUGUAAAUAGCCUCUCUUCUUCCCCAAGACUACAACGUUAGAGAUUUAAGCUUGGCUUGAUUUUAGUGGGACUUAAUAAUACCUUGAAGAAUAUGAUUUGUUCUUCUUGAAUGUGCACGUUUUGCCACUAAGAGUACUACUUCUUUGGUUAUUCCUUGAAUAAUGCGUAGAACAUGCAUAUGCAACCAUACGAUACGUUAUCUAUGACUUGCAUCUAAAAUGGAUAUGGAUAUGCAUAACAUCACAUGCUUUAUCUCUGUCUAUAUUAUGUCUCUGUGUCUCUGUGUGUAUAUACGAGACGUGGUUAUAGGAGAGAGGCCAAGAGAAGGGCUAGAUGGAUGUCUCCUGUUUCCAGGAAUACCCUUUUAAUCUCUCGUUUCAGAGGAGCAGUUAAGGGGUUUGUAGAAAACAAUGCAGUGGGGUUCUCUAAUAAAGAAGAAUGCUAAAAGAGAGUGAUGAAUCAAAAAGAAGAAGCAUGUUUUAGGGUCUGUAGUAGAGGACAUUGGAGAAUCUCUGAGGAUUCUCACCUCAUGGAACUUGUUGCUGUUUACGGUCCUCAAAACUGGAAUCACAUUGCUGAGAAGAUGCAAGGAAGAACAGGCAAGAGUUGCAGAUUGAGGUGGUUUAACCAGUUAGAUCCUAGGAUCAACAAGAGAGCUUUCAAUCUUGGGGAAGAAGAGAGGCUAUUUGCAGCUCACAGAGGAUUUGGAAACAAAUGGGCAAUGAUUGCUAAGCUUUUCAAUGGACGAACAGACGAUGCCUUCAAAGAACCACAGGCAUAUGUUCUCAUGGCAAGAAAGUUGAGGAAGCUAAUCAAGAACUUGAGUACUCCUGCUAUUAUUAUCAAAGUCCCUGUUUCUGGUAGGUAUUAACAUGACAAGCUAAGAA